CUUCCUUCUUAUUCACUGUCCCGUCCCAUGUAGCAACCACACCACAAUUAAUUCCCUCUCUUCAAUUCAUUCCCACUUAACAACAUUAUUCUCCUCAUCCUUCCACUCAUGUUCUUCAUCUUGCGUAAACAAACUACAACUACCACUGCCACUUUAGCUUAACAAGCAUAAGCUAAGGUCCUGCUUCACUGUUAUCAUCUCCAAUCACCAGUGAAUGGGUUUAUCUUCUUUGCACGUCUGCAUGGAUUCAUCAGAUCAUUGGUUGCAGGGCACAAUUCACGAGGAGUCUGGAAUGGAUUCUUCCUCUUCACCAUCAGGGGACAUGCUUACAUGCUCAAGGCCCAUGAUAGAGAGGAGGCUAAGACCUCCACAUGACCAAGCCCUAAAGUGCCCCAGGUGUGACUCAACCCACACAAAGUUCUGCUACUACAACAAUUACAGUCUCUCUCAGCCAAGGUACUUCUGCAAGACCUGCAGAAGGUACUGGACCAAAGGAGGCACUCUGAGGAACAUCCCUGUUGGUGGAGGCUGCAGAAAGAACAAAAAAGUCUCCGCCAAAAAGUCCAACGACCACCAAUUAGUUAACAACCAAAUGAGCCAAACACAGCCUCCACCCUCCUACCAUCACAACCCCAAAGACCUUCAACUCUCUUUCCCUGACGUGCAAUUUUCCCACCUCAGCAACUUUCUUGGAACCAAUGCUGCAGGAGCACUGGGAGGAAACCCUAGUUUCAUGGAGGGCAAGUAUGGUAUUGGCAUGAUUGAGAACCCUAGGCCAAUUGACUUCAUGAUGGAGAGCAAGUUGGAGGGCAUAAUUGGGAGUAGUAGUUCUAGGAAUUUUGAUUUUUUUGGACAUAGUGAUAUGAGUAUGGGUGUUGGGCUAGGAGAUAUGAACAAUACUCAAAAUGGGUUGCCACCAAAUUUUCAUGGUCUUUGCACCCCAGCAUUUGGUAGCAUGUCCCUUGAUGGCAACAACAGUGGUAACGGGGCAAACUACUUAAUGGACUCUUGCCAACGUUUGAUGCUGCCAUAUGAUGCCAAUGAGGACCAUAAUGCCUCAAUUGAUGUGAAGCCAAACCCUAAACAACUAUUGUCCCUUGAAUGGCAAGACCAGGGUUGCUCUGAUGCAGGAAAAGACUCAUUUGGGUAUCUCAACGGUCCAGGAUCAUGGACUGGCAUGAUGAACGGCUAUGGAUCUUCCACCACAAACCCUUUGGUCUAAGGCAAAUCUCACAACUCUUUGAUGCAUGGAUAUGAUGAUCAACGGCUAAGCUCUCUCCUUGCUUGGUUAAUUUCAUCAAUGACGACCUAAGAUCAUGACUUUCCCUACGUAUAUUUUAUUUUAUAUGAUAUGAUAUUAUUAUAUUAUCUAUACAUAAAGCCUUUUGAUGGGAGGGUUCCUCGUAUUUUCCUGUGUAGUGUUUCUUUAUUCUAGCUAUAUAUCUCAGGGUGGUCUUAUUCAGGUUGCUAUUGACUUAACCAAGAGAGUGUGUGUGAAUGAGAAGCUUCAGAGUCCAAUUCGACUGCCUUGGUGCGUUACCUUUUGGUUUAUAUAUUAUAUAUAUUUGUGUCUUUGUGUGCGACACGUCAUGGAAGUUUUAGGAUUUAUGCUGUAACAUCGAGAAAGAUAUGGUAGUUCUUUCUUUUUUUUCCAUUGCCAGUUAAAGAAAAUGCAGUAAGUACUAUAUAUUAUCUUUAUGAA